AACGGGACGCUCCUUCCCAGACCGGGCCGCUCCUUCCAGACCGGGGCGCUCCUUCGCAGUCCGGGUCGUUCCUUCGCAGUCUGGGUCGCUCCUUCGCAGACCGGGUCGCUCCUUCCGAGACCGGGACGCUCCUUCCGAGACGCGGACGCUCCUUCCCAGACCGGGUCGCACCUUCCCAGACCUGGGCGCUCCUUCCCAGAACGGACGCUCUUUCCCAGACCGGACGGUGUUUCCCAGACUGGGACGCUCCUUCCCAGACGGGGACGCUCCUUCCCAGAACGGACGCUCCUUCCCAGACCUGGUCGCUCUUUCCCAGACGGGACGCUCCUUCCCAGACCGGACGCUCCUCCCCAGAACCGGACGCUCCUCCCCAGAACCGGACCCUCCUUCCCAGACGGGGACGCUCCUUCCCUGACCGGGACGCUCCUACCCAGACCGGGGCGCUCCUUCGCAGACCGGGGCGCUCCUUCCCAGACCGGACGCUCUUUCCCAGACCGGACGGUCUUUCCCAGAACGGGACGCUCCUACCCAGACCGGACGCUCCUCCCCAGACCGGGUCGCUCCUUCUCAGUCCGGGAUGCUCCUUCUCAGACGGGGACGCUCCUUCCCAGACCGGACGCUCCUUCCCAGAUAGGGACUCUCCUUGGCAGACCGGGACGUUCCUUCCCAGACCCGGACGCUCCCUUGCUUAAGCAGGCUAAGUGCACUGGGUUUGCUGCAGCAGAGACAGCUCUUCGAUGGUCUUUUUGGUUAGUUUCAACAAUUUGGAGGUCCUGCCUAGACUCUGUUGAGAUCCCCUUCUCCACACACAAUGUGGUGAUAAGGAGCACAUCUGAGAAUCCUUGGGUCUGCACUCCUUUAAAGCCACUUGCCAAAAAUGAUGAGGGGCACCAUGACCUGACCCACGUAGAGGGCUGCAAGAACAAAGGAUUCAGACACAAAGAAGUCUGCAACAACCAAUCAGAUCUGCUCCCCCUUUUUAGCAGACAAGGAGCCUGAAUUCUGGCUUUGGGAAGAUGGUUCUCCAGGACAUCAGUCUGCCAUCUU